GAAUAUUACUAUUGAUAACAGAAUCCAGACCAAUGCAUAUGCUGUUGCUGUCACGACAGAAACAGGCAAACAAUAUUGAUCUUCAUUAUAUCAGAGCAAAACUUUUGACAUUUAUAUUUCUGGUCACGUUCAUUACUUUCAGUGGAAUUCCUUUUGCACAAUCGCAAUUUCGUCGAGAUAUCGAUUGUUCCGUAAGAUGUGAUUACAAUUUUUGCAGAUGUUUUGGACCACAAGGACCACAGGGUGACCCAGGUCCUCGAGGUCCACCUGGACCUAUCGGUCCUAAAGGUUAUCCAGGUGAACAAGGACCACCGGGACUAAGAGGUAUGAAAGGUGAUCCUGGACAAGAUGGAGUUGAUGGUCCUGUUGGAGAAAGAGGUCCAUCAGGGGAUUUUGGCUCACCAGGAAUGCAUGGUGAACAUGGUGAGAGUGGAGAAACAGGUGAAAAAGGUGCCAAAGGUAUUGCUGGUUGCCCUGGAGGAAAAGGUGAUCCAGGUGAAAAAGGUGAACCUGGAAGACAGGGUAUGGAUGGUGACCGAGGACUGCCUGGUAUCGAUGGUGAACGUGGUGAUCCUGGUGAAUCUGGAUUUGGGAGACGAGGACUACCAGGUCCGAAAGGAGAACCUGGUAAUGUUGGUCCAAAAGGUGAUGAUGGAAUUCAAGGUGAACGUGGUGACCCUGGAUUGCCCGGAUUAGAAGGAGACAGAGGUGAAGAUGGUGACUUCGGUGUACCUGGCGAAGCUGGUGAACCCGGAGAAAGUAUCAUUGACACUUAUACACCUGUAAAAGGUGCCCCAGGUGCACCUGGGGAUCCUGGAGAUCCAGGCAGAAAUUGUUCAGUUACCACGUUGGAACAAGGCCGUAAAGCUCUAAUUGGACCUGCUGGCGACCGAGGUGAUACUGGUCCUAAAGGCUAUCCAGGUUCCAAAGGAGCGAAAGGAAUAAGAGGCAUAGAUGGAACUAUUGGUUUGCCGGGAGUGAAAGGACUUCCAGGUCCCGAUGGGCCUCUGGGUCCUAAAGGCAUUAAAGGAAGUGCAGGACAACCUGGUGUUAAAGGUGGUCAAGGACGUGAUGGUCUGAUUGGUGAUCGUGGUCCUCCAGGUCCUAAAGGUUUACCUGGAGAUCCAGGGGCAGAUGGACUACGUGGAUUUGUUGGAGAUCCUGGUGAACCUGGGGGUACCACAGAAUGCACAGGUAUUUUACCUGGAAGACCUGGACAACGUGGUAUACCUGGAGAACCUGGAGAGAAAGGAUUUCCUGGAAUUCCUGGAUCCAUAGGAGACAGGGGACUGAAAGGCUUGGUUGGUCCACAGGGACCGGUUGGCGACCCUGGAUUUGACUGUCCCAUUGGACCACCUGGUCCACCGGGUCCAAAAGGAUCACCUGGUGAUGACGGACGAACUGGCUUACCUGGAUUACCUGGGAGUCCAGGUGAUGAUGGACUACCAGGUGAUAAAGGAGAACCGGGUAUUGGCCACAGAGGUGCAUCGGGUGAUCCUGGAGAUAGAGGCUAUGAUGGGCCUCAAGGUCCGAAAGGUCCCAAGGGUUUAAAGGGUGAACGUGGAUUGCCAGGUACUAAAGGAUCUGGUCGUCCUGGUCCACCAGGUGAAAAAGGUGAACGUGGAUUGGAUGGUUUAGCUGGCAAACAUGGAAAACAAGGUCCAAUGGGGCCUCAAGGUGAACCUGGAGAACGAUGCAGUGCUUGUAUACCUGGUAUACCUGGGGCAAAGGGUGAAAAAGGUGAUAUCGGUCCAUCUGGUCUUCCAGGUCCACGAGGUCGAGAUGGUGCCAAAGGAGAACGAGGAAGUCGCGGUGCUCCUGGGAAUCAAGGUCGUACGGGUUCACAGGGUUAUGAAGGUGACCAGGGUGAACAUGGUCUGCCUGGACCAAAAGGUUUCAAAGGUGAACCAGGUGAAACAAGAACAGAAUACACUGGAAUUCUAAAAGGCCCUAAAGGCUAUCCAGGUGUGGAUGGAGUCAAAGGCGACAAAGGGAUCAAGGGUAUUAUAGGCUCUCCAGGGGAAAAAGGAGAACGUGGAUUAGAAGGACCACAGGGUGACCCUGGUUUACGAGGUUUACCUGGACAGAAAGGUCCUAAAGGUAUACUAGGCGAAAAAGGUUACAAAGGUGCGACAGCUGAUGUUAGAUUCGGUGAUAAAGGUGAAAAAGGUCAACCUGGACGUCCUGGAUUGAAAGGUGAAUUAGGCGAUUCUGGAGAACCUGGAAAUUGUACUGUGAAUGUUAUCCAAAGUCGUAAUCUAACUGUUGAAAAAGGUGAUCGUGGACCCAAAGGUGAACCUGGACCAAGAGGAGAUAAAGGAAAACCAGGUGAUGAAGGUCCACCUGGUCAACCUGGAGAUAGUGGGAUUAGAGGUAUAAAAGGACUCCCAGGAAUACCUGGACCAGCUGGAAUAAAAGGAAUUGUCGGUGAAGCAGGUGAUCCUGGUGAACAGGGUAGCCCAGGAGAACCAGGGUUCGCUGGUGUUACUGGGGUGAAAGGAGAUGUAGGUGAUAUUGGUCCUGUAGGAGAUCGUGGUUACCCAGGUCCAAAAGGAGAAAAAGGAUUGCCUGGUCAACCUGGAACUGGAAUCCCUGGAGAACGUGGUGAACCCGGGCGGCCAGGUAUGCCAGGUCCUAGAGGUUCACAAGGAGACCCUGGUGUGAUUGGUGAUUCAGGAGAUCCAGGAUUAGAUGGAAGACCUGGAUUAGCAGGAGAACGUGGAGAUAUUGGUCUGCCGGGACUUCAAGGUGAUCCUGGUCCAAGUGGUGGAGCUGGUAUUAAGGGAAUUAUGGGUGAUCCAGGAGAUAGUGGAGAACCAGGUUUGCCUGGACGUCCUGGUAUACCUGGAGAUAAAGGCAGAUGUCUCGGAGCAGCGGACAAAGGAGAACCUGGACUUCCUGGUCCAGAAGGUCCAGAAGGUCAAAAAGGCGAACCUGGACUAAGAGGUGCGAAAGGAGAGAGAGGACCAUCAGGUCCAAUAGGACGGACAGGUGAAAAAGGUUUGAGGGGUGAACCAGGCUUACCUGGACCAGAUGGUCCUUCGGGCGAUCCAGGUCCUCCUGGCCGUCCUGGAACUACUGGUCCUAAAGGCUUUGAAGGAACACCUGGACCAAAAGGAUUCGAAGGACCACCAGGUAGUCCUGGUGAUGAAGGUCAACCGGGUCCAAAAGGUGAAUCUGGUCUUCCUGGUGCAGAAUCAUUUGGUGAAAAAGGUGAUACGGGAGAACGAGGUCCCCAGGGUGAUGUUGGAGAAAAAGGUUCUACUGGAAAACCUGGUUUACGUGGACCUCCAGGUGAUGCAGGAACCAAUGGUCAAGCAGUAGUUGGAGAUGUUGGUGAUGUCGGAGAUAUCGGCGAGAAAGGUCUACCAGGGAUGCCUGGAGACCCUGGAUUACCUGGACCUAAAGGUUCCCCUGGAGUAAUAGGUUUAAUUGGGCCAAAGGGGAUAGUGGGAGAUCCAGGCGUGCCAGGUUUGCAAGGUCGUCCGGGACAACCCGGUCAGGAAGGCCAACCUGGCUUGCCAGGUCCUAAAGGUUUUCCAGGGGGGAAGGGUCAGAAAGGUAUCAAAGGGGAACGUGGUGAACCGGGAGAAAUAAUAGUUGGCCGUGAUGGGGAACCUGGUGAUAUGGGAGAACGAGGUAUUCCUGGACUUCCAGGACCUAAAGGGGACAGAGGAUUUCCAGGUGAUGCUGGACCAAAAGGCUUACGAGGUUUGCCAGGUAGAGUGGGUGACAAAGGUCAGAUGGGAGUAUUUGGAGAUAAGGGUGAACCAGGUAUCACUGGACUCGAUGGAUACCCAGGUAGAAAGGGAGAUAAAGGUGAAUCCGGUGAUAUUGGACCUAUAGGUGAUCCUGGACCAAGAGGACAACCCGGACCCAAGGGUUUCCCUGGAGCUCCUGGUCAGUGUUUACCAGCUGAGGAAAGUCCUAUUGGAGAUCCUGGCCCACAAGGUCCUAGAGGGCCACCGGGUGAAAAAGGUUUAACAGGGCUACCGGGUAAAGUGGGCAAAACUGGUGAUCCUGGUCCACCUGGAAGAGGUAUUCCUGGUUCUAAAGGUCAACGAGGUGAUCCUGGACUUCGUGGACUUACUGGUCCAAAAGGUGAACAGGGUGAGGCGGGAGAUCCAGGUGAUAUGGCCCUACCUGGUGCUAAGGGUCAAAGAGGUUAUCCUGGAAUUAAAGGUGAAAAAGGUGAAGUGGGGAUGCCGGGAGAUAUUGGCCCAAGAGGUCCUAUUGGAGAUCCAGGUCCCCCAGGGGAUGUUGGAUUGCCAGGUGACGACGGAAGACCAGGGUUAUUGGGCCCUAGAGGUGAUAAAGGAGAUACUGGUUGGCCAGGAACAGUUGGAAUGAAAGGUGAAGUUGGAGAUGUUGGUGAUCCUGGACCAAUAGGUGCACCUGGAAUGCCUGGAGAAGAUGCUAUUGGUCUUCCUGGAGUCAAAGGAGACAAAGGUGAACCAGGAGCACCUGGGCAAAAGGGUAUGAUUGGGGAACCGGCACUACGGGGAUUAAAAGGAGCUAAAGGAGAAAUGGGAUUGCCCGGUCCCACUGGUAGAGAACCUGGAGAACCAGGACCGAAAGGAGAUCCAGGGUUAAAAGGUACUCCUGGUGAUAUUGGUCCAAGAGGUAUGCCUGGAGAUGUUGGACCCCCCGGACCUGAAGGAUUCAGCGGUCCUCCUGGUCAAGCAUUACAGAGCACCUACUUGUUCACAAGGCAUUUCCAAAAUCCUGACACUGAACCUGUAUGUCCUCCAGGUUCACAAAAAAUAUCAGACGGAUAUAGUUUUGUAAUGGCUAAUGGAAAUGGUGAAUUAGUAACCAUGGAUUUAGGUUCUCAUAGUUCAUGUUUAAGUAUGUUCAGUAUAAUGCCAUUUUUCCAAUGCCUUCGCGAUGGAUCUUGUCAACUUGGUGUUCGAGCUGAUCGCUCUUACUGGUUAGCUACCACAGAACCUCUUCCAAUGAUGCCACUAGAUGUAAGCGAAGUUACUCGAAGAGUUGCUCGUUGUGUUGUCUGUGAAGCACCAACACAACCUUAUGCUUUUCAUGCACAAGCAAAUCAACUUCAAGAAGUUAACUGUCCAGAAGGCUGGGCAAGACUUUGGGAUGGAUAUAGCUUUGUAAUGCAUAGUGUUGGAAGUACUGGUGGUGGUCAACAACUUUCAUCGCCUGGCAGCUGUCUUGAAUAUUUCAGUUAUUCUCCAUUAUUAGAAUGUAAUAAUGGUAUGAGUUUGUGCAAUUAUUGGUCAGAUGCAAAAGCUUAUUAUCUACGUCAUGUUAGUAAUAAUACAGAAUUUCAAAAACCAGUCGGUCAAUAUAUUACAGAUCAUUUACCAGAUGAAACUAAAGUACUACGUGAAAUAAGUCGAUGUCGUGUUUGUACUAAAUCUCGGUUCCAAUCAUAUUUUGUUUAGUUCAAAGGAAGAUAUAAAGAGUAAGAAGAAUAAAAUGAAAAUAUUAAACAUUUAUGCAAUUUUUUAUGAAAUGAAAAUGAUUGUUUAAAUUUAUUGUGCAUUCAUUCAGGAUGAUAUAUAAAAAUAUAUAUGUAUGUUGCUUGAUAAAUACUUGCCUCUAUUGUUUUUAUCAACUUAUUCUAGAUGCUUAUUUCGAUUUAACUCUUUUUCUUGAAACAAAAAAAUUAUAUUUUCCGUUCAUUAAUAUUACUUUCUUGCUUACUUUGAUGUCGUUUCUGAACUCUUUCCCUCCAUGCAAGUGAUAUAUCCAUGUAUUUUAUUGCAAGUAUAUUUGUGUUUUAUUAUGAAUCUGAUCAUUACUAUUAUUAUUAUUAUUAUCAAUAGUAUUAUAAUUGAAUAAAAUAGAGAAUCUUAAAGCUUCAUAAAAAAUCUUUGUUUCCAUAAUAUCUCUUAUAUUGAUUAUCUCAUUUACUAAAUGAAUCAGAUACAAGUUUCUGCUGAUGAAUGUUUAUUGUAACUGUUCUUUUUAAUUUAAUCUUUACAAACUUGUUGGGUGUUAUAUUUUGUUUUAAGUGAUUAUAUCCGAAAUGUACGAAUUUAAUUUUUUAGGGAUUUUUCUUUUAAGAUUAUCCAAUGAAUGGACUUUUCAAAAGUAUUUGUUUCCCAUUCUUUUCGAUCUUUAUCAAUUGUAAUCACAAAAUAUUAUCUAAUGUUAAAUUUUAAAUAAUGAAAUUCAUAUCAAUCAAAAAUAACUUUUGGAUUAACUAAAAGAAUAAAAUUUUAAUCGAGUGAUAGAAGUUAAAGUUCACUAUUUAUACACGAUACACUUUUAUUCAUUGAACAAGUUGUAAAACAAUUUAUUCUCAGAUUAUCCCUAACUUGUUUAUUUGUCGAUAUGAAAAGUCCUUAAAUCAUAUUGAUUUAGACCACAAGUUACUAAUUAUUGAUUAUAUGUGGUCAAAUAUAGGACAUUACUAUAUUUUCUUUGUGUUACAGAAAAGAUUUCUAUGUAGAUUAAUGCGAAGCAAAAUUAUUGAGGUAACUCAUUUUUGUCAGAUCGUGUUACACUCCUGUGUUGGCUAC